AUGCCUAUAAUCUUCAACUUGUCCCGAGGCCCAUCUCCUGCCGCCACGCCAUGCGCUUCGAGUGUGAUUACCCAAACUGCCAACGCUCGUAUCUCCGGAAAGAACACCUUUCAAGACACCAGCGCAACCACGCCAACCUGCGAUCAUUCGCCUGCGCUGCAUGUCCAGCCACCUUCAACCGCAGGUGAGCUACAUUUGUCCCAUGCGGACCUCGCGCACUGGAGUAACGUGACUCGCAGCGAUCUUUUGCACCGCCAUGAGGCCCUUAAUCACGGGCAGCCUGCCGACCCGGUCGACCCGGUCGACCCGGUAGUGGCCGAGGGUAGCACCGGGGCCGUGACGCUCAGCAGCCCGUUGAGCAUCCUCCCCAAGAUCAAGGAAUCAGCCGGACCGACAUACCUUGACUUGUCGGCCAAGUCACGAAGCGAGCUGCUCGACGCCCCCGACCGGGUCGAGCUGCAGAACCUCUAUUUCACCGAAUUCCACAAAGAGUGGCCCAUACUUGACAAGGAUGAUUUCUACCACAGCCCGCAACCACCAUCACUCGUGCUAUCUGUCCUGGUUGUGGGUAUGUAUAUGAAAGGCACGCCCGAAGCCAAGGCCAUGGCGCUCAAGUACCACGAAGUGCUGAUCAAGAGCGCCCUCCACUUCGUGAGUCCACUCUCUGCUCUCAUGGCAACCUCCCUGUGA